CGUUUCUUGUCACCCGACUCACCUCGCCCCAAAUUCCUCUCUCCCCCUCGCUCUCGGAGAGAGGGAAAAUAUCAAGUUUUAGAAAGAAGAUUUAACGAGGCCCAGCUGACAACAUUCCGAUCACCACCUCUCCUCCUCCUCCUCCGGAACUGACAGUUUCCUUCAUUUUCUUCAUUUUUUUUUGCAUCUUUAAAAAUGGAGAACAUGAAGAGUCCAUUCAAGGGAAUAAUAAAAGAUGUAAGAGGGAGAACAGCAUGUUAUAAGGAUGAUUGGGUUAGUGGACUGUGUUCAGGAUUAAGAAUUUUGGCUCCAACUUUCUAUAUCUUCUUUGCUUCUGCACUUCCUGUAAUUGCCUUUGGAGAGCAAUUAAGUAGAGACACAGAUGGAAGCUUGAGUACUGUGGAAACCUUAGCUUCUACUGCUAUUUGUGGAUUAAUCCACUCAAUUUUAGGUGGACAGCCAUUGCUGAUUCUAGGGGUUGCAGAACCUACUGUUAUAAUGUACACCUAUCUGUACAAUUUCAGCAAAGGAAGGGAAGAUUUGGGGCAGAAAUUGUUUCUAGCUUGGGCUGGUUGGGUUUGUGUCUGGACAGCACUCCUUCUAGUUCUUCUUGCAAUUUUUAACGCAGCUACCAUCAUCUUUAAAUUUACAAGGAUAGCAGGGGAGCUUUUUGGCAUGCUGAUUUCAGUUCUUUUCAUUCAAGAGGCUGUUAAGGGAGUGAUUAGUGAAUUCAAUAUUCCUAAAGAUGAAAGUUCAAAACUGGAGAAGUACCAAUUCCAGUGGCGGUAUGCAAAUGGGUUGCUUUCUGUAAUUUUCUCAUUGGGUGUAUUGUUCACUGCCCUUAAAAGCCGCAGGGCAAGAUCAUGGCGAUAUGGCACAGGGUGGAUCCGAGGUUUUAUUGCAGACUAUGGAGUUCCCCUAAUGGUCGUGUUGUGGACAGCUUUGUCUUAUGUCAGACCCAGCGAAGUUCCUUCUGGGGUUCCUAGGAGAGUUCAUGUUCCGCUUCUUUCGGAUGCUGAAUCAGUGCACCAUUGGACAGUAAUAAAGGACAUGGGGAAGGUUCCUUUGACAUACAUCUUUGCUGCCUUAAUCCCAGCCGUUAUGAUAGCCGGAUUGUAUUUUUUUGACCACAGCGUAGCUUCGCAGAUGGCACAACAGAAGGAGUUUAAUCUCAAAAAUCCAUCUGCUUACCAUUAUGAUGUCUUGUUGCUUGGUUUCAUGACAUUGAUUUGUGGGUUACUUGGACUCCCUCCUUCAGAAAGAGAACCACCUGAUGUGGAUUCUGAAAAGAGUGAAGAUGAUUUCUAUGAUGCUGAGAUACUGGAUGAGAUGACAACCAACAGGGGCGAGAAGAGUAAAUCCUGUUGUGGUGGUGUCUCUGAUUGUCAAUCUGUGAGAGUGAAAGAGAGUUCUGGUGCCCCUUUAAUCAAUGGGACUCACUUAUGCUGA